CAUCCUUCUCCCCUCCCAUCCUCUCUCUCUCUCUCUCCCUCUCUCUCAUUUUCCAGGCCCUUUCAUCCAAACCAUGGAAUCCUCUGUCCUCAGACUCUCUCUCUCAUCUCUACCAUCUCUCUCCAAAAGAAGAACAAUCCAACCUAACCUCACUCUCCAUUCCCACCUCAAACUCCCCUUAUCUUCUCUUUCCUUCCCUCACUCCUACUCAUCUUUUCCUACUUCCAAUCCCACCAUACUCACCAAAAGUCCAUUUCUCCACCACCGAAAGCCAGCCGCAGCGUUGUCGCCAUCUCCCGCAGCUCCCGACCAAAUUCCCCAAACAAACACUCCCAAAUUCCUCGGCGUCGAGCUACCCACACUCAAGAAAGUGGUCCCACUAGGCCUCAUGUUCUUCUGCAUCCUCUUCAACUACACCAUCCUCCGCGACACCAAGGACGUGCUUGUCAUCACUGCCAAAGGCUCCAGUGCCGAGAUCAUCCCCUUCUUGAAGACUUGGGUCAACCUCCCGAUGGCCAUCGGCUUCAUGCUUGUAUACACCAAGCUCUCCAACGUCCUAUCCAGAGAGGCCCUCUUCUACACUUGUAUGUUCCCGUUCAUCGCCUUCUUUGGCAUGUUCGCCUUCUUGCUGUAUCCGAACAGCGCUCUCAUUCAUCCGACUGGGCUGGCCGAUCGCCUCCUGGAAAUUCUUGGGCCCAACUUCAUGGGUCCCAUCGCAAUUCUGCGGAUUUGGAGCUUCUGUCUGUUCUAUGUCAUGGCGGAGCUUUGGGGGAGCGUUGUCGUGUCAUUGCUCUUUUGGGGAUUUGCGAAUCAGAUUACUACUGUAGAUGAAGCGUCUCAGUUCUAUCCACUGUUUGGGCUUGGAGCAAACAUCGCUCUUAUUUUCUCGGGCCGCACUGUGAAAUAUUUCUCCAACAUGCGUAAGAAUUUGGGUCCUGGGAUGGAUGGAUGGGCUGUUUCUCUCAAAGGAAUGAUGAGCAUUGUAGUGCUGCUGGGGCUUGUGAUAUGUGCAAUCUACUGGGGAGUGAAUAAAUUUGUUCUGAAUGAUCCGUCGCUUCCAAAGCCAGAAGGCCGGAAGAAAAAGGAGAAGGCAAAGAUGGGAAUGAUGGAAAGUAUGAAGUUCUUAGUAUCUUCGAGGUAUGUCAGGGAUCUUGCAACGCUAGUGGUUGCGUACGGGAUCAGUAUCAAUCUUGUUGAAGUCACAUGGAAAUCCAAGCUCAAGGCUCAGUUUCCCAGCCCAAAUGAAUAUUCUGCAUUCAUGGGUGAUUUUUCUACCUGCACCGGAAUUGCUACAUUCACAAUGAUGCUGCUCAGUCGGGUCAUCUUUCGCAAAUACGGAUGGGGUGUAGCGGCUACAAUCACACCAACAGUUUUACUUCUCACGGGAGUUGGGUUUUUCUCUCUGAUUUUAUUAAGUGGGCCACUGACACCGUUGCUGGGGAAGUUUGGAUUAACUCCACUUCUUGCAGCAGUUUAUGUUGGAGCUAUACAGAACAUAUUUAGCAAGAGUGCUAAGUACAGCUUAUUUGAUCCCUGCAAAGAGAUGGCCUACAUCCCUUUGGAUGAAGAUACAAAGGUCAAGGGAAAAGCAGCCAUUGAUGUUGUAUGCAAUCCCUUAGGGAAAUCAGGGGGUGCCUUGAUUCAACAGUUUCUCAUAUUAACCUUUGGCUCUCUCGCGAAUUCGACCCCCUACCUGGGAGGCAUAUUGCUGGUGAUAGUUCUAGCCUGGUUGGCUGCCGCCCGUUCAUUGGAUCGCCAGUUUACUCCGUUGGCCAAAAAGGACCUUAAAGAUAAGCUCAUUGAGGGUAAGAUUUCGGCUGGAAAAACAAGUCUCUCUGCGAAGCUUCAACCAAAGCAAGGAGUCACGUACCGCUUCAUGAGUACCUUGAAUGACAUGGGAUUUAUCGAGGGAAAAUACGUACCAUUGCUUGAGGAUGUAUCAUCCAGUGGAAAACUCGAGCUUCUCACUGUUAAGAAGGUUGAUUCAAAAAAUCAGGGCGAGGAAGCCGUUGGGGCUGAUUUGAAGCAAGCAUCUAUUGAUGUUGCUAAGGACAAUGACGAUGGAGGAAAUGGCCAUGUAUCAGCAGAUGGGAAUGGGAUGAUCAAUUCGUAAGCUCUGGAUGGCCGAGUGGGUCCCUUCCCCAGUUGAAAAACAUCCAUAGUGAUAAUCAAACUCAUAAUCUUGAGAUCCCAGCUGGAGGAUAAAAAUGACUGCCUUUUUUUUUGUAGUUUGGCAUGUGAGACUGUAUGCAAAGAAUCGGAAUGUCAGAGAAGAUGGUCGGGCCAUGUUGAGGAUGGCCAUACUUAUGAUGGUGGCCGUACAUAUCAUGUUGGUGAUGAUGACGGCAAUGAUGCCAAACGAAGCCAUGUUGAAGGUUUUCCCCCACGAUGCCAAGGUACGUGAAUGAUGAAAUUAAUAAAGCCAUUUUUGUACAUUAGUAAUAGCUGAAAUAGUUCUUUUUUUUUUUUUUUCAAAAUUAAGCUGAAAUUAGUUUGAGUUGUCAGUUGUUACCGAUGUACUUUGCUAUCAUUUGUAGAUUAGUUGGCCUUGUUUGGUUUCCAUCUACUGUAUUUGAAUUUUGGCAUUUUAGUGUUCUGUAUGGAUUAUUAUUUUGAUCUGUUUAAGAUUUGUUCUAUAUAACUUGAUUGAGGACAUUUCAGGUA